AGGCCCUGGGUCUCCAACACACCCACGGCUUUUUGGCUGGUCCAGUGCAAGGCCCAGAGCCCUGUCUGUCACUUGCCCUCAGGGCUUCCAGGUGGAUGUUUUCCUAGGAGCACAAGUGGGUGUGUCGGUGCCUCUUGGGAAGGGAGUGGGGCUGGGGCUUCACUUGGGAGAGGAGAGGCGUCCAGGGUGCAGACCAGCACUUGGGGUGAUGCCAGUGGGGCCACGGUCAGGGGCUAACGCACGGGGGUGCCUGCGGACCCCGGGGAGCCUAGCCCGUCCUGCUCCCCAGUCUGGAGGAGGCGGCAGGGGACUUCCAUUACAGCCGGAACGAGGAGACGGGGCUUUGGGGUUUGCGGGUGCUGGGAGUCCUGUGCCCCCUGACCUGGCCCCCUCCCCACACACAGAGGGGACCCCGUACGCCGGAGGCCUGUUCCGUAUGAAACUCCUGCUGGGGAAGGACUUCCCUGCCUCCCCGCCCAAGGGCUACUUCCUGACCAAGAUCUUCCACCCGAACGUGGGCGCCAACGGCGAGAUCUGCGUCAACGUGCUCAAGAGGGACUGGACGGCUGAGCUGGGCAUCCGGCACGUGCUGCUGACCAUCAAGUGCCUGCUGAUCCACCCCAACCCCGAGUCCGCCCUCAACGAGGAGGCGGGCCGCCUGCUCUUGGAGAACUACGAGGAGUACGCGGCCCGCGCCCGCCUGCUCACGGAGAUCCACGGGGGAGCCGGUGGGCCCAGCGGCGGGAGGCCCGAGGCCAGCCGCUCCCUGGCCAGUGCAGCCUCGGCCUCCUCCACCGACCCCGCGGCCCCUGGGGGCCCGGGAGGGGCUGAGGGGCCCAUGGCCAAGAAGCACGCAGGCGAGCGCGACAAGAAGCUGGCGGCCAAGAAGAAGACGGACAAGAAGCGGGCUCUGCGGCGGCUGUAGUGGGUGCUUCCUCCACACCCGCCCGACCCUCAACUCUGUCUCUAAGUUAUUUAAGUUAUGGCUGGGGUGGGGGAGGGGGGCACUGGGACCCGGAUUUGUUUUUCUAAAUAAAGUUGGAAAAGCAAGCA